GUCAUCGCAGAUCGACCAAAGCUGGAAAGGGAGGGGGUGGGGUUGUGAGCGUACCUCGGUGGUGGUGGGGGGCUGCCUGCGAAGGUAUCAUGGCUGCUGCUACGGAGCUUAGUCACCCGAGCAGCAGUGACAGCUGUCUGGAGGGAAGCUGCAGCCCCAAUCUUUCCCGCGAGGUGCUCUGCGAAGUCUUUCAUUCCCUGCACACACUGGCUGGACAGCUUAACCUCAAAGAUGAUGUGGUGAAAAUUACAAUCGAUUGGAACAAGCUCCAGAGCCUCUCAGCAUUCCAGCCUGCAUUGCUCUUUAAUGCACUUGAGCAACACAUUUUAUAUUUACAGCCUUUUUUAGCAAAACUUCAGCCUCUCAUUAAAGAGGAGAAUUCAACUGCUAUUGAAGAGAUAGGAAAAACAGAAACGGGGAACAAGAAUGAACUAAAUGCCAAAUUUCCCACUGGUGACCUACAAGAGGAAGAAAAGCACAAAGAUUGUGAUUUAGGAGAUAUGAAAAAGAUACAAAUCCAUUUUGAUCCAGAAGUAGUUCAAAUAAAGGCUGGAAAAGCAGAAAUUGACAGACGAAUAUCUGCAUUUAUUGAAAGAAAACAAGCUGAAAUCAAUGAAAACAACGUCAGGGAAUUUUGCAAUGUUAUUGAUUGUAAUCAAGAAAAUAGUUGUGCAAGAACUGAUGCCAUUUUUACCCCUUAUCCUGGAUUUAAAAGUCAUGUAAAGGUUUCUAGAGUUGUGAAUACAUAUGGACCACAGACUAGACCUGAAGGAAUUCAAGGGUCAGGUCAUAAAUCCAACAGUAUGCUCCGAGACUGUGGUAAUCAGGCUGUAGAAGAACGACUACAAAAUAUUGAGGCUCACUUGCGAUUGCAGACAGGUGGUCCAGUGCCAAGAGACAUUUAUCAGAGAAUUAAAAAGCUUGAAGACAAAAUCCUUGAACUGGAAGGCAUCUCUCCUGAAUAUUUUCAGUCUGUAAACCUUUCGGGAAAAAGAAGAAAAGUUCAACCACCUCAAAACUAUUCACUGGCUGAACUUGAUGAGAAAAUUAGUGCCCUCAAACAAGCUCUACUCAGAAAAUCAAGAGAAGCAGAAUCCAUGGCAACUCACCACCUUCCAUGAAAAAUUCCUCUCAUCUUUGUCAAUUUACUUUUUUUAUAUACGUGUGUACCUUACACUUGAAUUAAUUAAUGGAUAUGUAUUUAUCAAUGUAAAUUUUUCUGUGAAGUCAAGGUGUAUUUUUACAUGAGUCUAUCUUGCAACAGGUAAUCUUCAUCUAUUCCAAUGAAGUUUGAAAUAAUCAGUGUGCUAAAAAUAUCAUUGUUGGAAUUUAUUCCCUUCUGUUUUAAAGGAGGUAUUUUGGAAGUUGAAAAACUUAAUUUGGAAGUACCUUGAGGUAUUGUUUUGUUUUGUUCUGUUUUUUGGUGAACUACAGGAAGAUUAUUUUGAUAGUGAGAUUUAAAAGGAACUUUAUAUUUGUAACAUUGGUUAACCAGUUUACUAGUUUAAAUUAGUACUUGUGCACAUAUGGGCAUUCAACAAAAAAAAAAUCCAGUCUGAAAUGAAUUUUAAAUCCAUGUAUAGACUUAUAUUUUUAUUUCUUAAAUGUCAGUUAAUGUAAAUAAACAGUUGAUCCAAAUUUAUCCUUU